UCCACCAAUAGUAGAGUUGAGCAGGGCAGGCGUGGCCCGUACAAGCCAGUGGAGGGUUACGUAUGGUUGAAACUUCGGGGUGGGUACACUGUGGCACUGUACUUUUUAUUUCACGCUUUUCACCAGUGGUGGGGCAGUACGGAAUAGUUAGUUUGAGGCAUCGAUCCCCUCUCCACCUUUUGUGGAGGAAUACCAUCCGCCUCUGAACCACCCUCACCACUGUCAACUACCCCCACCAUAUGGCCAUUGAGAAUGCUGCAAUUGUUGACAACGCCUCGAAUAUUCGACACUUGGCGCCCAGAGCGUAAAGUAACUCCCGACAAUCAGGAUGGUGCAAGUUUUUCCGGAUAGAGCGUAAUCCGCGAGCUCAAAUGAUUAUUUUCUAACUUGCCAUGUUGGAUUACGGAUAAUUAUUGGGUAACGCUCUCGAUGGAUACUCGGCUGGCCAAUGUGAAUUUAUAAUGAAAUACUUAGCUACGGUGAUGCGCAAACAUUGACGAAGAUAGUUACUAUCACAGUAGUCGGUGAUCGUUGGUUGGCUGGAGGGCAGGACGAAUGAGACAUUGCGACAUUGCGCGGGUUAAGCAUUGCGCAUAUACCUCCCCGCUUGAGAGUUGAGAGUGCAAGGCUUUACCGAUACCGACGGCCAAAUCCCAAUGACGAUUUGAAUAGUCAGGAAACGUGAUACCAUCUCCAAUUGGAUUGAAACAUUUAGCCCGACGUGUAUACCAUAUCAUUUGUUGCAUCUUCUUUUUCUUUUUUUUUUGCCACAUGUGAAACAGUGACUUUGUGCUAAUGAAAGCGUGGAUGGUUUUCAACUUUUUAUUCUUCUACGUGAUGCUUUGGAAAUCUUUUGACUCUUCUCGGUUAUCGGUAUAUUGUCUGUGAUAUAUUAUGUCGUUACCGCGGGGUGUUGGUUUGGGCGUUGACGUGGGCCAGUUGAUGCAGCAUCAGCAGCAACAACAGCAGCAUCACGUGCUGCCUGCUGCAUUCUUUCUACGUGCUAGUGCUGAACGGUAUCAGAGGACACCCAAGUGUGCGAGAUGUCGGAAUCAUGGGGUUGUGUCAGCUUUGAAAGGACAUAAACGCUACUGUCGUUGGAGAGACUGCGUUUGUGCUAAAUGCACCUUGAUUGCAGAAAGACAGAGAGUUAUGGCUGCACAGGUAGCUUUGAGAAGACAACAGGCGCAGGAAGAAAGUGAAGCCAGAGAACUUGGCCUCCAGCUGCAGUAUAAUAAUGGUGCAUGCCCAAGUAGUUCGGUGAUGUCAACGUCUUCGUCAACAGUAUCUAAUCGGGAUAGUCCGCCACCGCAUCCCCAUGUAUCGAGUCCUGCCGGCCUAGCAAUUGCUGCUGCUGCUGCUGCUGCACAGAUUCAAACUCAGUUACAUCAGCAGAAUGAUUGCAGUUUGCUGAGAAUGAGAGUUCCCGAUGGCUAUCCGUCGCCGGACAAAAACGAAGGAUCUAUCACUGGAGUCAAAAGAGCACGAAUAACUGUAGACUCAAUAACCGAGGAUGACAGAGAUUCGGAUUCUGGUGCGGAAACGAGACCAUCAGCGAAAUCAAGAUCCCGAUCCCGAUCUCGCUCCCGUUCUCACUCAGCAAGCCGUACUCAUGCCAGUGGAUCAAGUGGUCAUGGUAUGGCCAAUGAAUCGGAUUCACUGAUCGGUAGAAAAAGGGAAAACAGUGGUAAUGAAACGGACGAUGGGAGUCCAGAGCCAGGGACUCCUAGCCCCACCCACACACCACCCUUAACACCAGCAUUGACUCCACAGAGGGUUGACACUCCUGCGCCUGAGAAUCUCAGUCUCCGAAGAGCGUCGAGGUCCCCGCAGACACCUACUCAAACGGUUUUGCAGGCAGUUGAUCUGGUCCAGCCAAGGCAAACUCCACCGCCAUCUUCUUUAGCGGCGGCAGCGGCAGCCGCCCAUUUCUCCCCUUACGCUCCCCUUUACGGCCCAGCCGCGAGUUCCCUAUACUGUUCGCCAGCUCUAUAUCAACCACAACAUCAUCAUCAUCAUCACCUAACCACUGAACCUCGAGAGAUUCAAAUGCAGAUGCAAAUGCAGAUGCAAAAUGUUCAAGCUUGUGGUCUCCAAGUUCAACAGCACUCACAGCAGCAGCAACAGCAGCAGCAACAGCAUCAGCAUCAGCAUCAGCAUCAGCAACAACAACAAAGAUCACCCGUUGAUGUAUUAUUAAGGGUUUUUCCUGGAAGACGACGAGCCGAUGUUGAGGCACUUUUGCAUCGUUGUAAAGGUGAUGUAGUGUCAGCAAUGGAGGUCCUAGUCUGCGAAGAUAAUCUUCAACCAAAAUCAGCAUUUUCUCCUUUGGCGGGAGCACUGGUAUCAGCAGCAGCGGCAUCAGCUGCCUCAUCAGCCAGUGCUUAUGUAUCCCGCGGUGGUUACUGCGGUCCCAGCCCACCGACCCGCCACAGAUUUCUCGCAGCUCCCUAUACGGGAACGGGUUACCUCCCCACCGUCAUAAGGCCACCAAAUCAGGGCUCACAUGCUAAUGGUACAGGCGACGCCUACCGGGAAACCAGUCCCGAUGACGCAAGUGACAAAACCAGUUACUCCGAGUGACCUACCGAACUCGUUCAACAAAUACCCUGGAGCUACCCAUAGUCCCUCGCAUUACCAACUUCGAGGAAGUGGAGAAAACUGAAAAAGAUGGCCAAAUUAUGACAUGUGAAUAUGCACAUGGAAGAUACUUAAGAUAUCUUUUAUUCAAGUGAAACAUAACCAUUUAAGGUAGCGUGGCCGUCUUGAGACUCUAGUUGGAAAAAAAAUUCUGCGAAAAUUACUCACUAUUUUAAUGGUAAAUAAAAUGGAAUGUCACGUUUCUGUGUUUAUGUCAUUGAUUGUGAUUUCAGCAUUAUAUCCUUUGAAAUUUCCGGACAAUUUUCCAUUUAUAAAAGAUUGAAAAUUAAUUUUAUUCGAUUCCACUAUAGACUCAAAUAAUGAAAAUUAAUUAUUUAUUGAUAAACAAUGGUUAUAAGAGGGAUUCUUUUCAUUUGAUGAUAUUUUCAAAAUGAAGUAAAUUACGACGAUGCUACCUUAAUCGCGUUCAAAUACCUUUUAUGUGUGUAGAUAAUUACAACUCAUAUAACGGAUGAAGAAAUAAAAAGACUUAAUAGUGUGAACGUAGAUAGAAUCGUUGAUAUGAAUACCAAUAAAUGAUGAAAUAAAUAAAUUCUAAUAAAAUAGUCAAACUGUAAUAGAAAAUACAACUCUGUAAAUAACCGUUCAUGAUUUUAAGAUAAAUUAUGUAUUAUCAAAAUUUAUUCGAUAUAUCAUCAUGCAAUACACAUUCAAGAAUGUGACAAAUUUUCUUUUUGGUGCAUUCAAUGUUCUGAGGAGAAUGACGGUGACACGAGCUAUUGAGUUUAAAUUGUAUAAGAUUGAAUUUUGACCACAUGAUUGUGUGAGACGAUCAUCUGUAUAGACCGGAAAACCUCAAUAAAUCAAUCAUCCAGUAUAAAAAGAUAAUGUUUCAUU